AUGAGCUUCCACUUCUGCCACAACCACGUGGACCCAGCAACAUAUUUCAGGAGCUGUGUUUUCGAUGUUUGUGUAGCCGGUAUUGAUUCCCUGUGCGGAGCCAUUCAAACAUAUGUCAGUGCCUGUCAAUCUGCUAAUGUUCGAAUCUACCCUUGGAGACAAAACACUACCUGCAGACUUGACUGUCCAGCCAACAGUCAUUAUGAGUUGUGUGGUACAGACUGUGGCCACACCUGUGCCAGCAGCACUGAUGCCACCUGUGAGCAGGUUUGCUCUGAGGGCUGUUUCUGUGAUGAAGGUUUCUUCAGGAGUGGGACAAGAUGUGUCCCUGUGGAAAGCUGUGGCUGUCAAUAUGACGGCUUCUACUAUAACGCUGGACAGUCCUUCUGGACAGAGGGUUGCACCCAGCGAUGUGAAUGCCAUGCGCCCAGUGACCUGCGCUGUUCUGCUGCCUCUUGCUCCUCUACACAACAGUGCACCAUCAGAAAUGGCCAACUGGGCUGUUUUGACGAUCUGUCUACUUGCACUGUGUGGGGGGACCCACACUACAUCACCUUUGACCACAAGUCCUAUGAUUUCCAGGGAACCUGCCGUUAUGUGUUGGCGACCCUUUGUAAUGAAACUGAUGGGCUCCAUAACUUUUCAGUAGAGGCAAAGAACGAGCCGUGGAGAGGUUCGACGGUGUCAAUCACAGCUGAAGUUUUUGUAAAUGUGUGGGGCUAUGAAGUGCAUAUGUCGAGGGAGAGCCAAGGUGUGGUAAAAGUGAAUGGAGUAACUAGAGACCUACCUGUUCUCUUGAAUGGAAGUCAUGUUUCUAUCUAUGGAAGUGGAUCUCACACAUAUCUCAGUGCUGAUUUUGGCCUGAGUGUCAAGUACGAUGGAUGGUAUACAGUGUAUGUCUCUGUGCCUUCAAGUUACAGAGGGAAAACAUGUGGACUUUGUGGAAAUUUCAAUGGCAACCCAAAUGAUGAGUUCCACGACCCAACUGGAAGGAUGGUCAGCACUCCAGAUGAGUUUGGAAGAGCUUGGAAAGUGGAAGGCGACUACACCUGCAGUGAUGGGUGUGGCUCCUCCUGCCCAGAGUGUACCAAUGAGCUUCCAGCCAGAGCCCAUUGUGAGGUGAUUCAGGCAGCUGACGGCCCCCUCAGCUUCUGCCACAACCACGUGGACCCAGCAACAUAUUUCAGGAGCUGUGUUUUCGAUGUUUGUGUAGCCGGUAUUGAUUCCCUGUGCGGAGCCAUUCAAACAUAUGUCAGUGCCUGUCAAUCUGCUAAUGUUCGAAUCUACCCUUGGAGACAAAACACUACCUGCAGACUUGACUGUCCAGCCAACAGUCAUUAUGAGUUGUGUGGUACAGACUGUGGCCACACCUGUGCCAGCAGCACUGAUGCCACCUGUGAGCAGGUUUGCUCUGAGGGCUGUUUCUGUGAUGAAGGUUUCUUCAGGAGUGGGACAAGAUGUGUCCCUGUGGAAAGCUGUGGCUGUCAAUAUGACGGCUUCUACUAUAACGCUGGACAGUCCUUCUGGACAGAGGGUUGCACCCAGCGAUGUGAAUGCCAUGCGCCCAGUGACCUGCGCUGUUCUGCUGCCUCUUGCUCCUCUACACAACAGUGCACCAUCAGAAAUGGCCAACUGGGCUGUUUUGACGAUCUGUCUACUUGCACUGUGUGGGGGGACCCACACUACAUCACCUUUGACCACAAGUCCUAUGAUUUCCAGGGAACCUGCCGUUAUGUGUUGGCGACCCUUUGUAAUGAAACUGAUGGGCUCCAUAACUUUUCAGUGGAGGCAAAGAACGAGCCGUGGAGAGGUUCGACGGUGUCAAUCACAGCUGAAGUUUUUGUAAAUGUGUGGGGCUAUGAAGUGCAUAUGUCGAGGGAGAGCCAAGGUGUGGUAAAAGUGAAUGGAGUAACUAGAGACCUACCUGUUCUCUUGAAUGGAAGUCAUGUUUCUAUCUAUGGAAGUGGAUCUCACACGUAUCUCAGUGCUGAUUUUGGCCUGAGUGUCAAGUACGAUGGAUGGUAUACAGUGUAUGUCUCUGUGCCUUCAAGUUACAGAGGGAAAACAUGUGGACUUUGUGGAAAUUUCAAUGGCAACCCAAAUGAUGAGUUCCACGACCCAACUGGAAGGAUGGUCAGCACUCCAGAUGAGUUUGGAAGAGCUUGGAAAGUGGAAGGCGACUACACCUGCAGUGAUGGGUGUGGCUCCUCCUGCCCAGAGUGUACCAAUGAGCUUCCAGCCAGAGCCCAUUGUGAGGUGAUUCAGGCAGCUGACGGCCCCCUCAGCUUCUGCCACAACCACGUGGACCCAGCAACAUAUUUCAGGAGCUGUGUUUUCGAUGUUUGUGUAGCCGGUAUUGAUUCCCUGUGCGGAGCCAUUCAAACAUAUGUCAGUGCCUGUCAAUCUGCUAAUGUUCGAAUCUACCCUUGGAGACAAAACACUACCUGCAGACUUGACUGUCCAGCCAACAGUCAUUAUGAGUUGUGUGGUACAGACUGUGGCCACACCUGUGCCAGCAGCACUGAUGCCACCUGUGAGCAGGUUUGCUCUGAGGGCUGUUUCUGUGAUGAAGGUUUCUUCAGGAGUGGGACAAGAUGUGUCCCUGUGGAAAGCUGUGGCUGUCAAUAUGACGGCUUCUACUAUACCGCUGGACAGUCCUUCUGGACAGAGGGUUGCACCCAGCGAUGUGAAUGCUAUUCGCCCAGUGACCUGCGCUGUUCUGCUGCCUCUUGCUCCCCUACACAACAGUGCACCAUCAGAAAUGGCCAACUGGGCUGUUUUGACGAUCUGUCUACUUGCACUGUGUGGGGGGACCCACACUACAUCACCUUUGAUGGGGCACUGGCUCAUUUCCAGGGCACAUGCUCUUACAUCAUCACUGAGAGUGUGAGCCACAGCGACAGUGACACACAGUUUCAGGUAGUAGCCACUAAUAAUCACAGAGGCAACAACCGUGUGUCGUUUGUAUCAGCCGUGGACAUAUACCUCUCAAAUCAGGCAGAGAGUGUGACUGUCAGGAUUGGACCCAACAAAAAAGUGAAGGUAAAUGGAAAUGCAGCGUCUCUUCCAACCACUGUAGGAACAUUAGCUGAGGUGGUAAGAGAGGGAAGCUACAUAGUGGUCGAUGCCAUUGACUUGAUCGUCCAGUUUGAUGGCCAGAGCACUUUACUGGUCAGAUUGGGCCAACAUUGUCAACAUAGAGUCACUGGGAUGUGUGGAAACUUCAACAACAAUCCUGCAGAUGACAAAGUCUUGCCCAAUGGCACAAUGGCACGGAACGACAAUCAGUUCGGACACAGCUGGAAGUCAAACACAAGCCAACCAGGAUGUGGAUCUACAGAUGAUGAGCCUGUUGAUGGACCCAACGACUGUCCCUUUAGGGAGGAAUACUCUGAGCUCUGUAGUGUCAUCACCAACAGUAACGGUCCAUUCAGUGAUUGUCACCUGCACUCCAACCCACAGCCAUUUUUCACCUCCUGUGUCUAUGACCUGUGCCUCUCCACUCCAGCCAAUAAUAUGUUGUGUACCACAGUCUCAGCCUAUGAGAGAACAUGCUCUAUUUUGGGGUUAAACAUCUCUGAAUGGCGCUCCACUUUGCAAUGUGUUGACCAGUUUGUGUGCCGCACUGAGGGCAUUGCAGACAUUGUGAUCCUAGUGGACGGCUCGGGGAGUAUCGGUCGCCUCAACUUCCGGCUAGUGCGCAUGUUCUUGGAGAAUCUGGUCAAUGCCUUUGAUGUUGGCAUCAAUACGACAAGGAUAGGUCUGGUUCAGUACAGUGGUGAUCCCAGGAUAGAGUGGCAUCUAAAUGCUUUCUCCACAAAAGAUGCCGUCAUUGAUGCCAUUAAGAAUCUGCCAUACAAAGGAGGAGGCACUCUCACAGGCCUUGCGUUGUCCUAUGUCAUGGAGAACAGCUUCAAGCCUGAGGCUGGCUCACGAAUGGGGGUACCCAAGAUUGGGAUCAUCAUCACGGACGGGCAGUCCGGCGACGAUGUCAUACCUCCUUCGGAGAGCCUGCGCAAUGCUGGAGUUGAGCUGUUUGCUGUUGGUGUGAAUAAUGCUAAUGAGGACGAGCUGCACUCCAUCGCCUCAGACCCUGACAUCAAUCACGUCUACAACGUGGCCGACUUCAACGCCAUUAGCUCCAUUGUAGAGGGUCUGACCAAGACUGUGUGUGAGCAAGUGGAGCUGCAAGACAAGGACAUCAAAGAGAAGUGUAAAGAGCUGGACUGCACAGAGUAUGAGAGGUGUGGUGAGCAGGAUGGUGUGUACGGCUGCUUCUGUGAUGAACACUAUUCUCGGCCCAACAAUGAGAGCUAUGACUCAUCGAUCACUUGUGCCAAUAGUUCAGGCACCUUGUCUCUGUCACGCUGCCAGCUGUUUGAAGCUGGCUUCCAUCCCAGCGCCCUCCAUCUCCGAGAUGACUCCUGCAAUGGGACUAUCCAGGACGGACGACUGGUGUUCCACUUCAACAAUGACGACCAGCUGUGUGGGACAGUUCUAAGGAGCAAUGGGACCCACUUCCUCUAUGAGAACACCAUCCAGGGCGACCAAGGCCUAGACCUUAAGCUGGUUUUCUGCUGUAUAUACCCUCUGACUCAGGCCCUUUCUAUGGAUCUAGGCAUCAACCCCAUAGAGAGCAUUGCAAAGAAGAAGCUUCCAUCAGGACUGGGUCACUAUCAAAUGAGGAUUAUCCCUUUCCAGGAUGCUGGCUUCCUGUUCCCCCUGAGCAGUAGCAGUAACAUAGAAAUUGAAAUUGACCAGAGGUUGUAUGUGGAGGUGCGGACAGAAGGAGUCGAUGAACGACAGAUCUCCACCAUUGUGGACUCUUGUUGGGCGACACCGGUCAACAAUGCCAGUUACCCUGUCCGCCGGGAUCUCAUCGUUGGACAGUGUCCUAGCCCAUCAGAUGGCACAGUAGAGAUCAUUCAGAAUGGCAAUUCCACUGUGGCCCGAUUCUCCUUCGAGAUUUUCAUCUUUACCAAAUUUCCAUCCAUCUACCUGCACUGCCAGGCCCAUUUGUGUCUUCUGAAAUACAACAACUGUGCGGCUCGUUGCGACCCCUUUCACAACAGAGUCCAAAGAGAUGUAUCCUACCAUGAUUCUGUAAUGCUCACACUUGGACCUUUGGUCGCUAUGCCAGGAAAAUACACGACAAAAUGAUCAUCUUCUUGAUGACUACAACAACAACGACAGUAAACAGAUGGACAUAUACACCAACAUAUUAUUUUUAUUCAAAGUACAAUAGCUUAAUCAUGUCGCUUACUUUCCAUCCUAAACUAUAGUGUCAUUAUGUAGAAAAGAUCAUGGUUUAUGUAGACCUUAAGCAUUUCUGUUUGAAACUAUAGCUUUGUUCAUGUAUUGAAAUUUCCUCUGCACAGACAUAACAUAGAUAGAAAGAACUAAGUGAAACACUUCAUCUAUACUAUACAGAUUUACAAUAAGUCAUAAUUUGGCCUUAAUAACUGUUUGCAUAUUUGAGCAGAUACAUAUUGUUCAUGUUAGAAAUGCAAAAUACAUGCCAAACAAAGAUGUGGUUAGAUAAUCGAUGCCGUCCAAGGCAUUAUUAAAUGGAAAUCGCAAGGAGCAGCAUAUGUGCAUAUAUGCAAAAAUAUUUAGUGCAUUUCUUUCAUCCAGCUCUAUGACAGUUAGCAUGUAAUGUCAAGUUAACAGCUUGAUAUUUCAGUAUGUUGUAGGCUGUAUGAUUUUUUUCCUUUCAUUUUGAUAAAUCAUUUGCAAUAUUAUGUUUUCUUUGGGAUUGCACUAAGAGUCUCCUGUGUAUCUUGUGCUUCAAGGUUUUACAUGAUCUGUGUAUUGUUUUUGUUUCUGGACAAGUCAGUCUUUGCCU